UAUCUGGCAACCCUGCUUUGUACGUACGUACACAGUCAUCACACUCAACACUAGUGAAGCGAUAAUAUGACCCUUGUUGUUUACUAAAUUUAAGUUUAAUAAAAAGGAUAAACUUAACUCAAUUAAAUAUGGUUCUUGAAGCAAUCCGAUAUUGCAGUGGAACUCUGAGCAUUUUGAAUCAGUUGCUACUGCCAGAUGUCUGUGAAUUCGAGGAAAUUAAGAAUGUUCAAGAUGGAUGGAAUGCUAUCAAAGCAAUGAAGGUACGUGGAGCACCGGCAAUUGCAAUAGUUGGCUGUUUAUCUCUUGCUGUUGAUCUUCAUAAUAGGAAGAAGUUUGACACACCACAAAUACUUGGUGAUUUCAUCAUGGACAAGCUUGAAUAUCUGAAGACAUCGAGACCAACUGCUGUUAAUAUGGCUGAGGCUGCAGGAAGGCUGACUAUGAUUGUAAAGGAACUCUUAAACAAUCCAAAUACUUGUGUUAACUUGCUUAGAAAUAGAAUUAUAAAAGAAGCAGAGGACAUGUUGAAGCAAGACGUCUCUGACAACAGAAAUAUUGGCAAGUAUGGGGCAGAUCAUAUUUGCCAGAAUUCCCCAGACCCAACAUCCAAAGCAUGUGUUUUGACUCACUGUAACACAGGGUCAUUAGCUACUGCAGGGUAUGGUACUGCUUUAGGUGUUAUUCGGGCCUUACAUGAGUCUGCUAAACUAAGGCAUGUAUACUGCACUGAAACACGUCCAUAUAACCAGGGAGCAAGAUUGACAGCCUAUGAAUUGGUCUUCGAGAAAAUUCCAUCCACUCUUAUAACUGACAGUAUGGUUUCAUUUGCCAUGAAACAAAAACAAAUAACAGCUGUUGUAGUAGGAGCAGAUCGUGUUGUUGCCAAUGGAGACACAGCAAACAAGAUUGGGACGUACCAACUAGCUAUUGCAGCCAAGUAUCACAACAUUCCAUUUUAUGUAGCAGCUCCCAGCACUUCCUGUGACUUUUCCCUAGCUAAAGGGGAGGAUAUAAUCAUAGAAGAACGCCCUCACAGUGAAUUAACAUCCAUCAAAGGCCAUCAAAUAGCUGCACCUGGAAUUGGUAUAUGGAAUCCAGCUUUUGAUGUCACACCUGCAAGUUUAAUUACAGGUGGUAUCAUUACUGAAAAAGGAGUAUUUCAACCAUCAGAGCUAAAGCGAAAACUACUGACAGAUAUGUUGUAAAAACUUGGGAAUUUUGGCAUUAAAAUUUUCCCUAAUAUAUAAUUUAUUCCUAACAUUGUUGAAGUAUUUAUUUAAACAUUUUGAGAAUAAGGUCUCAAAAUAUCAUAUGGAGAAUUGCAGAAAUAUAAUUUGAUAUUCAGUUCUUAUGAGUCUGGAGUAAAAUGUCAGUAGAGUAGAACCCCAUUUGUAAGACACCCCUGUUAAAGGGAUGAGGACACUUUCCGAGUGUGACAAAUGAUCAAAUCAACCGGAUGUAAUUUUGCAAUCUGAUAUUAGUCUUUUUGCCGAUGAUACAAAAUUGUUUCGAGUGGUUCAGUCCGAUUUGGAAAGAGAUUUGCUUCAGUCUGAUGUUGAUGCAAUGUUCAGAUGGUCUCGGGAGUGGCAGUUACCUUUUAAUUUUUUUUUCUCUUUUGUGGCAACAGACCACAUUUAUUCAUCAAUAUCAUUAUAAAGCACAGUUCGUACAUUUACAAUUGAUGGUAUUAUAUUGAUUUUAUACAUUGAUUUAGUUGUGGGUUAGCCUUUCAUUAUCCUCCUUUUUUUGUGGUUUUCAUAUUUUUUUUUUUUUAAUUCCCUCUCUUUUUCUCCUUAAUAUACAAGAAGAUUUUUUUAAAUUUAUGUAUUUAUUAAAAACUAUAUACAGUGAACACAGUCACAGUGUUACCGAACGCAUGUAAGUGUGAGUGGCAGUUACCUUUUAAUUUGAUUAAAUGUAGUAUUAUUCAUUUUGGUUCUAAGAAUCCAGCAUAUCAAUAUUUUAUCGGUGAAGGAGCUUCUAAAGUUAGCAUUGAGUGUGUUACACAAGAAAGUGAUUUAGGAAUUUUGAUUGACAACAAAUUAGAUUUUUCCGCUCAUGCUACUAAAGUUGCAAGAUCUGCAAUUAAGAUUUUGGGAAUGAUUAAUAGGUCUUUUAAGUAUCUCUAUAGUAGGAGUUAUAUGUAUCUAUACGUCUAUGAUUAGACCUAAGAUGGAGUAUGGUGGCAGUUCAUGGAUACCUCUUUAUCAAAAAGACAUUAAUAAUUAGGAAAAAGUUCACUUUUUUAUUGUAUCACUACAACUACAAUUAUUUAGAAUAAUAAUAAGUCAUUCAAAUUAUAAUUUUGAUAGCUUUCGAGGCAUAAAUUUAACAUCAAACCAGAUUUUUGGACAAACCAUAAAAUUGACAUCAAUAUAGGCCAUUUGUGUGUGUUGUCUAAACUAUCAGGCCAAUUUGAACCCGUAAACCUAACCUUAGCUUUUAACUCUAUGGAACUAAUGGUUUUUUUUUAAAUAAAAUUUUAAUGAUUUGGAAAAUGUACUCACUGCUGUUUACAUAUUGGACGAACAAAAUUAAAUAUAAUCAAUUUUUUUAUUUUAUUUAAUUUCUAGGUAACAAUACAACAAAAACAUUACAAUGAGAAUACAAUACCCCAAGGAUUACCAUGAGAUCUAAUCUUAAUCAUUGAAUUAAUUUUUUCUUUUUUUCUUUUACUUUCUUAUUGGCCCAGUCAAAUCUAUACCAUAACCUGAAUAUUCAACUUUAGUUUUAAUUACAUUUAUUUUGAUUUCAUAUCAUAAAUGUAUUAUUUGCAUUGCAAAUUAUUGUUACAACUUUGUUUAAUUAUAUUGCAACUCGUUCUUAAAUCAAUUAAAAUAAAAUUAUAAAGAAUCUAUGCCAUUAUUGUAUGACUAUUAGACUUGCCACAAGUCUCUAAUUUAUUGACUUUUUGUAACGUAAGAUAAUUUCGAAGAGCACCACUAGCAUCUCUUAGUUGAGGGAAAAAUUGACGGAACAAUUUUCAUGGUGAUAUUGGUGUGUAAUUAGACAAGACCUUGAGUACAAUCAUAUUAACAUUACUACUGUUUGGUAUACAAAAGGAAUGAUCACGCUCAUUCUUCUUGAUUCACUAUUAAAAUCCAUAUCUAGAACAUGUGUAUAUUUGAAAACUGCAAUCAAGUCAGAUUAAAAAUGAAAUAAUUAAAA